AUGUGGCACCGUCUGCUGCACAUUGCCUCCCUCUGCUCCAGCACCCCCGCGAGGGCCCUGUGGUCACGCUGCUCCGCCGACGGAAGGACGGGACCCUGGUGCGGAGGAAGGACUGGACCCAGGUGCGAGGAAGGACUGGACCCAGGUGCGAGGAAGGACUGGACCCAGGUGCGGAGGAAGGACUGGACCCAGGUGCGGAGGAAGGACUGGACUCAGGUGCGGAGGAAGGACUGGACUCAGGUGCGGAGGAAGGUCUGGACCCAGGUGCGAGGAAGGACAGGACCCAGGUGCGGAAGAAGGACUGGACCCAGGUGCGAAGAAGGACAGGACUCAGGUGCGGAGGAAGGACUGGACCCAGGUGCGAGGAAGGACUGGACUCAGGUGCGGAGGAAGGACUGGACUCAGGUGCGGAGGAAGGACUGGACCCAGGUGCGGAGGAAGUACUGGCCCCAGGUGCGGAGGAAGGAGAGGACCCAGGUGAGGAGGAAGGACAGGACCCAGGUGCGGAGGAAGGAGAGAACCCAGGUGCGGAGGAAGGAGAGGACCCAGGUGCGGAGGAACGACAGGACCCAGGUGCGGAGGAAGGACAGGACCCAGGUGCGGAGGAAGGAGAGGACCCAGGUGAGGAGGAAGGACAGGACCCAGGUGCGGAGGAAGGACAGGACCCAGGUGCGGAGGAAGCACUGGACCCAGGUGCGGAAGAAGGACUGGACCCAGGUGCGGAGGAAGGGCUGGCCCCAGGUGCGGAGGAAGGGCUGGACCCAGGUGCGGAGGAAGGGCUGGACCCAGGUGCGGAGGAAGGGCUGGACCCAGGUGCGGAGGAAGGACAGGACCCCGGUGCGGAGGAAGGGCAGGACCCAGCUGCGGCGGAAGGACAGGAACCAGGUGCGGAGGAAGGACUGGACGCAGGUGCGGAGGAAGGACUGGACCCAGGUGCGGAGGAAGGACUGGACCCGGGUGCGGAGGAAGGACUGGACGCAGGUGCGGAGGAAGGACUGGACCCAGGUGCGGAGGAAGGACUGGACCCAGGUGCGGAGGAAGGGCAGGACCCGGGUGCGGAGGAAGGGCAGGACCCAGGUGCGGAGGAAGGACUGGACGCAGGUGCGGAGGAAGGACUGGACCCAGGUGAGGAGGAAGGACUGGACCCAGGUGCGGAGGAUGGACUGGACCCAGAUGCGGAGGAAUGACUGGACACAGAUGCGGAGGAAGGACAGGACCGAGGUGAGGAGGAAGGAGAGGACCCAGGUGCGGAGGAAGGACAGGACCCAGGUGCGGAGGAAGGACAGGACCCAGGUGCGGAGGAAGGACAGGACCCAGGUGCAGAGGAACGACAGGACCCAGAUGCGGAGGAAGGAGAGGACCCAGAUGCGGAGGAAGGAGAGGACCCAGGUGCGGAGGAAGGACAGGACCCAGGUGCGGAGGAAGGACAGGACCCAGGUGCGGAGGAAGGACAGGAGCCAGGUGCGGAGGAAGGGCUGGACCCAGGUGCGGAGGAAAACAGGACCCAGGUGCGGAGGAAGGACAGGACCCAGGUGCGGAGGAAGGACAGGACCCAGGUGCGGAGGAAGGACAGGACCCAGGUGCGGAGGAAGGACAGGAGCCAGGUGCGGAGGAAGGACAGGACCCGGGUGCGGAGGAAGGACAGGACCCGGGUGCGGAGGAAGGGCAGGACCCAGGUGCGGAGGAAGGACAGGAGCCAGGUGCGGAGGAAGGACAGGACCCAGGUGCGGAGGAAGGAAAGGACCCAGGUGCGGAGGAAGGACAGGAGCCAGGUGCGGAGGAAGGACAGGACCCAGGUGCGGAGGAAGGACUGGAUUCAGGUGCGGAGGAAGGACUGGACCCAGGUGCGGAGGAACACAGGACCGAGGUGCGGAGGAAGGACAGGACCCAGGUGCGGAGGAAGGAGAGGACCCAAGUGCGGAGGAAGGACAGGACCCAGGUGCGGAGGAAGGACAGGACCCAGGUGCGGAGGAAGGAGAGGACCCAGGUGCGGAGGAAGGAGAGGACGCAGGUGCGGAGGAAGGACAGGACCCAGGUGCGGAGGAAGGAGAGGACCCAGGUGCGGAGGAAGGAGAGGACGCAGGUGCGGAGGAAGGACAGGACCCAGGUGCGGAGGAAGGACAGGACCCAGGUGCGGAGGAAGGAGAGGACCCAGGUGCGGAGGAAGGAGAGGACGCAGGUGCGGAGGAAGGACAGGACCCAGGUGCGGAGGAAGGACUGGACCCAGGUGCGGAGGAAGGACAGGACCCAGGUGCGGAGGAAGGAGAGGACGCAGGUGCGGAGGAAGGACUGGACCCAGGUGCGGAGGAAGGAGAGGACGCAGGUGCGGAGGAAGGACUGGACCCAGGUGCGGAGGAAGGACUGGACCCAGGUGCGGAGGAAGGGGAGGACCCAGGUGCGGAGGAAGGACAGGACCCAGGUGCGGAGGGAGGACUGGACCCAGGUGCGGAGGAAGGACAGGACCCAGGUGCGGAGGAAGGAGAGGACCCAGGUGCGGAGGAAGGAGAGGACGCAGGUGCGGAGGAAGGACAGGACCCAGGUGCGGAGGAAGGAGAGGACCCAGGUGCGGAGGAAGGACAGGACCCAGGUGCGGAGGAAGGAGAGGACCCAGGUAUGGAGGAAGGAGAGGACCCAGGUGCGGAGGAAGGAGAGGAGCCAGGUGCGGAGGAAGGACAGGACCCAGGUGCGGAGGAAGGACAGGACCCAGGUGCGGAGGAAGGACUGGACCCAGGUGCGGAGGAAGGAGAGGACGCAGGUGCGGAGGAAGGACAGGACCCAGGUGCGGAGGAAGGACAGGACCCAGGUGCGGAGGAAGGACAGGACCCAGGUGCGGAUGAAGGGGAGGACCCAGGUGCAGAGGAAGGUCAGGACCCAGGUGCGGAGGAAUGACUGGACCCAGGUGCGGAGGAAGGAGAGGACCCAGGUGCGGAGGAAGGAGAGGACCCAGGUGCGGAGGAAGGACUGGACCCAGGUGCGGAGGAAGGAGAGGACGCAGGUGCGGAGGAAGGACAGGACCCAGGU